GGACAACUGCCAUAUACAGGUUCAUACAUAGUGUUCGCAGUCUACGAGAUUCAUUGAUUGACUGACAGUCUGACACUGACCGACUGAUACCUAUACCAACUGACAGUAGUACCUACUCCUACUGACAUAAACUUUUGGCAAGACAGACGUCAAACGAGAAACGUGCUGUUUAAAAUUCCAUCUAAAAUGAUGACGGCAACAAUGUUACGCCGUACUUUGAUAAACGGGACAUUAUACUCUGCCGUUGCUCUUCGAUUUGCAUCCUGUCAACCGGAAAAGAAGGUAUUCUUCGAUGUAACCGCAGAUGGAGAACCUCUAGGGCGUAUAGUUAUAAAACUGGAGACUGAUUUGGUUCCCAAAACAGCGGAAAACUUUAGGGCGCUGUGCACCGGUGAAAAAGGUUUUGGCUACAAGGGUUCCUCUUUCCAUAGGAUCAUUCCCAACUUUAUGUGCCAAGGAGGUGAUUUUACCAACCAUAAUGGUACCGGUGGAAAGUCUAUUUAUGGGCGCGUUUUUCAAGAUGAAAACUUCAAACUGAAGCACACUGGCCCAGGCAUAUUAUCUAUGGCUAAUGCAGGCCCUAACACCAACGGAUCUCAAUUCUUUAUUACUACUGUGCCAACUCCCUGGCUUGAUAGGAAACAUGUAGUCUUUGGUGCUGUGGUAGAGGGUAUGGAUGUUGUAUCUAAAAUGGAAAGCUUGGGAUCUGCAAGUGGAAAACCUACGAAAAAUGUUACCAUUACUGAAUGUGGUGUAAUUCAAGAAGAAAUGGGUAUCCAAGCUGCUCAGUGAAUGAAUAGAUUAUGAAUUCCAGUUUUUCUUGUAAUUCAAUGUGUGGUGUUGUUAAAGUCUUAGAAAUGACGGUAAUAUUUAAAGGUAAUAAUUAAAAAUGUUUUAAAAUAA